AUGGCAUCACAAGGAGCGGUUAUACCGCUUCAAUCUAAGGAUCAUAAGACGUUGAUGGAUAUUAUCGAUAAAUUGAGGUCAAAGGGGAUUAACCGAUAUGUCAAUCUUCCUCAGAUUGUCGUCUGCGGCGAUCAAUCAUCGGGCAAAAGUUCCGUUUUGCAGGCAAUUUCAGGCAUGACUUUUCCGACCAAGGACAGUCUCUGUACACGUUUCGCGACGGAAUUGAUCUUACGACAUACUAAUGAACACACUGAAGAGAAAUGUCGCGUGUCUAUUUCUCCUGGCAUUGAUCGCUCGACCGAAGAAAAGGCACGUCUUGAGAAGUUCCAAUACUCCGAGAUCCCUGACGACUUCAAUAUUGGAGCCUUGGUGGAUAAGGCUAAAGAAGCCAUGGGAGUUGGUUCUAAUCAAGGUAGAACCUUCUGCAAGGACAUUCUUCGCAUCGAACUAUCCGGUCCAACUCAGCCUCAUUUGACAAUUGUCGACCUGCCAGGACUUUUUCGUGCCGGUAAUAGGGAGCAGUCGGCUGAGGAUGGUGCAAUCGUACAAUCGCUAGUACUUUCGUACAUGAAGAAUCCACGGAGUAUUAUACUGGCUGUGGUUUCAGCUCAGAGCAACUUUGCUUUACAGGAAGUUACCCAGCACGCACGCGAGAUAGAUAUUCGUGGUGAAAGGACCUUGGGACUCGUCACAAAACCGGACACGCUCGACGUCGGUUCGGCAAGCGAGCGUGACUACUUCGAAUUGGUGCGGAAUAGGGACGUCAAGUUUCGGCUUGGGUGGCAUGUUAUGAGAAACCGUGAUUUCAAAAGCAGAGAUGUCACGAAUGAGGAGCGAGACAUAGCAGAGGCGGAGUUUUUCGAUCAAGGCGUCUGGGCUGGACUACCACGAUCUCAGAAAGGGUCCGCAAGUCUACGUACUCGGCUGAGCGAGGUACUCAAGGAACAAAUACUCGAGCAGCUACCGGAAGUUCUAGAAGAGAUCCAGAGAGGACUAGACGAAUGCUCGAGCCAUCUUGAAAAGCUUGGCGAUGCUCGUAGCACGCUUGCUGAACAACGCAGGUACUUGCUCAAGGCUAGCCACCAAUUCUCGAAUCUCAUCACCGAAGCAAAAGAUGGGGUUUAUCAAGAUAAGUUCUUUGGAAACGCUCGAGAUGAGAUAGGAUACCGAAAAAGGCUGCGUGCCGUUGUGCAGAACACCUUGACUGAUUUCGCCCAUACAAUGCGAAUUGAUGGACAUGCAAGAAAGAUCGUCGAGGAAGUCUCAACGAAUUCCGCUACAGAUGCCUCACGAGAUGACCUUAAAGAGGUUUCACGAGAUGACUACCUACUAGAGGUGAAGGAUCUGAUGAAAAGAACUCGGGGGUGUGAGCUUCCAGGCACAUACAACCCUUUGAUAAUCAGCGAGUUGUUCCGCGAACAGUGCAAGCCUUGGAGAGGUUGGUUGGAAAAUUUCUCCAGCGAGAUAUCCAAAGCUGUGAACUUAACCGUUAAUGAAGCAUUGGAAUAUAUCGUGGAUGAGGAUACGAAGGCGAAACUCUGGGGUGAAUUGAUUGGCGAUGGUUUGGAUCAGCUCAACCAUCAGCUUGAUAGCAAGGUGGAUGAGAUCCUGCGGCCUCAUGAGGAUGGUCACGCAAUUACAUACAACCACUAUCUGACAGACAACGUCCAGAAAAUUCGCAGCAAUCGCUAUCGGAAUAAUGUCAUGCGAGGGCUGAGGGAGUCCGGAGUUGGGCCAAGAGAUAUGCUGCAAGCAAGUAUUCACAACUGCUUGGAGCUAGUUAUUAAGCAUACCCAAAAAGACAUGGAGACUGUCUCAAGUUCGGACGCUAUCGACUGGAUGGAGGCAUAUUAUAAAGUGGCAAUGAAGCAAAUUAUAGAUGACUUUAGCAAGUUGGCUGUUGAGGCUUGUCUUAUUUCGAAGAUUCCUGGGUUAUUUACCCCAGAAGUAGUACUUGAGCUCAGCGAUGAUACCGUGAGUAGGAUUGCUGCCGAGAGUUGGGAAAUGGCAGACGAACGAAAGUUCCUCACAGAAAAGAUGAACGUUCUCAGCGGUGGCAUGGCGGAACUACAGCGCCUAAAUAAAUAUCAUAAACGUACGAGCGUUGUUAUGCCAGAGCGACCGGAAGAGCCAGUACACGAAACAACAAUCUCGACAACUUCAGAGGAGAUAAAUGAGCCUGAUUUUGGAAUUUUUGAAGAGUAA